GUCAAGUCUUUGAGGCCCUUUGGGCCAAGUCAGAGACCCCUCGGGCCUCGGCUGGAGCCAUGGCCAUGGCCAAGCCCGGCUCUGCGCAGCCGAAGGCGCCGAAGGCGCGGCCGAAGUUUGCGGCGCCGAAGCCGUGGCCGCCCAAGGUGCCGCUGGGUGAGCUCGAGGACAUUCUGCCUUUGGUGGAAGCCAACGACGAGUCGAUCGACGCGGUGAUGCUGCCGCCCGAUUUGGGCGAUGGCUUCACCGCGGAGGCCUUUGGCCCCAAGGAGGUGGAGUACCUCUGCCAGCGCCUUGAGAACAACACCUCGGUCACACAGCUCAACCUCUCAAUGAACCCCUUGGGCGAUGAGGGCGCGGCACACGUGGCCGCCCUGCUGGCAAGGCCCGGUCUGCCACUGGCGCGGCUGUCCCUCAACGGUUGCGGCAUAGGAGCCCAGGGGGCGCGGCACUUGGCGUCGGCGCUUGCCGAGCGACCCGAGCUGUCGGUGGUGGAGCUCAUGAACAAUCGCCUGGGGGCGGAAGGCGGCGAGGCGAUUCUGGAGGCCUUGUCAAAGAAUAAGAAGCUCCGAGAGGUGAAAGUCUCCUUCAGCUCCAUCCCAGAGAGCAUCGAGACCAAGAUCGAGAAGAUUCUGAUGACUCGGUAGCGGGAGACAAAACGCC